AUGACUGAGGCAAGAAGCAUUCAAACGUACGGAGAUGAUUUCAGCUUUCUCAAGCUGUGCCUCGACUUCCUCAACCAGGAACUAGACAACACUGGCGACUUGAAUGACUAUGACAACAGGUGCAAGCUGGGGUACUUCUCGCACCUGCAGAACGGCUGUAAGUCGAAGCUGAUCUUGCCCCAUGGAGCACGGGUUGUGCAACAGUUGCGGGAUGGAGGCCAGGCUUCGGGGAGCGUCCUGUAUUUUGUGGGCUUCAUCGGGAACCAGUGGAAUGGCGUUGAUGAGAGUGGGUUGAAAGAUCUGUGGGAGAUGGACGAUUGCUUAUUGUCUCAACUUAGAGACCACGAGGACAUCAUGGCGGCGGUCAGUGGCGAGAGGACGCCCGGGGGAAACUGGGGGAACCUGGUCAUAUUCCGCGACACCAAGGCGGUGGAGAAAUGGCGCAAUGCCAAGUUUCACGACAAGGCAGUCAGAGACAUCUCCCCACAAAUCUACACAUCUAUAAGGAUACACCGGGGAGCGUUACCCCUGGGGCUCGCCUCAGACAGGUUCAGGGUGGAGAGGACGCUGUUCCUCAACUACGACAACGUAGCCCGCACAGUACAACGUCGUCACGUCGAGAUGUGGCAGUCAGCGCUCAAAGAUACACCGACGUCGCCUUGUUAUGCUUAAUUAUGUCAAGUUUUGUAAUUGUAUCUGUAUCAUAGUG